AUGGAUAAAUUACCAACACGCUCACAUUUUCAGCUUCCCGGCAAAUUCCCCUUCACUCGUGGACCUUACCCAACAAUGUACACCCAUCGGCCAUGGACCAUUCGACAAUACGCCGGGUUCUCAACUGUAGAGGAAUCGAAUGCUUUCUACAAGGAAAACAUCAAAGCCGGCCAACAAGGACUUUCGGUGGCUUUCGACUUGGCAACCCAUAGAGGGUAUGACUCCGAUAACCCACGUGUAUAUGGUGAUGUCGGUAUGGCUGGAGUAGCUGUAGAUUCUGUUGAAGAUAUGAAAAGGCUCUUCGAAGGUAUUCCACUUGACAAGAUGAGUGUAUCCAUGACAAUGAAUGGAGCUGUUAUACCCGUACUUGCCAUGUAUGUUGUAGCUGCUGAAGAGUCGGGAGUUGAACGUAAAAAGCUAGCCGGUACUAUUCAAAAUGAUAUUCUCAAGGAGUUCAUGGUGCGAAACACUUAUAUCUAUCCUCCAGAGCCAUCGAUGCGAAUUAUUGGAGACAUUUUCGCCUAUACAAGUAAAGAAAUGCCCAAAUGGAAUAGCAUCUCCAUUUCUGGUUACCAUAUGCAGGAAGCUGGUGCUGAUGCAGUUUUGGAGAUGGCCUUCACCAUUGCCGAUGGCAUCCAGUACUGCGAAACGGGCAUCAAUGCCGGUCUGACCAUCGACCAAUUUGCCCCUCGUCUCAGCUUCUUCUGGGGUAUCGGAAUGAACUUCUAUAUGGAAAUCGCCAAAAUGCGAGCCGCUCGUCGUCUAUGGGCCACUUUGAUCAAGGAACGCUUCCAGCCGAAGAGUGACAAAUCGCUCAUGCUUCGUACUCACUCCCAAACUAGUGGAUGGUCCCUAACCGAACAGGAUCCAUACAAUAACAUUAUCCGAACAACAAUCGAAGCCAUGGCGUCGGUAUUUGGUGGAACACAAUCGCUUCACACCAACUCCUUUGACGAGGCUCUUGGUUUGCCUACCAAAUUCUCGGCUCGAAUCGCCCGAAAUACCCAGAUCAUCAUCCAGGAGGAGAGUGGUAUUUGUAAGGUCGCUGAUCCAUGGGGAGGAUCAUACAUGAUGGAAUCACUAACAGACGAAAUCUAUGAGAAGGCCAGAAAGGUAAUCGAUGAAGUAUUCGAAUUGGGCGGUAUGGCAAAGGCUGUCGCAUCGGGUAUGACUAAACUGAGAAUCGAAGAGGCGGCUGCUAAGAAACAGGCUCGUAUUGAUGCCGGCAAGGAUGUCAUCGUCGGUGUUAACAAGUACCGUCUAGAUAAGGAAACAAAGGUCGAUGUACUAAAGGUCGAUAACCAAAAAGUACGUGAGCAACAAAUUGCUAAGCUAGAGCACAUUCGCAAGACCAGAGAUCCGGCAAGAGCCAAGGCAGCCCUCGAAGCGAUCACAGAGGGAGCUGCUGGUGAUGCAAACCUUAUGGAAUUGGCUGUGGAAGCGUCACGAGCUCGAUGUACUGUUGGAGAGAUCAGUGAUGCCAUGGAGAAGCCCUUAUUAGGCUUCUCGGACCCCAGGAUUUUCUGCUUAUCUGAAUCCCUCAGAUUCCAGAGUUUACGACUAUGCUCUGCUUCUGCUGGUACGUAUCAACCGCUGCCCAUCGACCCUACAUGGGCAAAAAUGGCGAAGAAGGCUAUGAAAGGAAAAGAUCCGGAUAAACUGAUUUGGCACACUCCUGAAGGAAUCGAUAUCAAACCGCUCUACCUAAGGGAAGAUCGGAAAUGCGACGAGCACAGAGAAAUCGAGCUUCCUGGUCAGUAUCCGUACACUCGUGGGCCUUAUCCUACAAUGUACACCCAUAGGCCAUGGACCAUCCGGCAGUAUGCCGGCUUCUCAACCGUCGAAGAAUCGAAUGCCUUUUAUAAGGAGAACAUCAAAGCAGGGCAGCAGGGGUUGUCGGUGGCGUUCGAUUUGGCUACGCAUCGAGGCUAUGAUUCCGAUAACCCACGUGUGGUUGGUGAUGUAGGCAUGGCUGGCGUAGCUGUCGACUCUGUUGAGGAUAUGAAGAAGCUUUUCGAAGGUAUACCGCUUGACAAAAUGAGCGUGUCCAUGACCAUGAAUGGGGCAGUAAUUCCAGUAUUGGCUAUGUACAUAGUUGCCGCAGAGGAAUCGGGUGUCGAGCGGAAGAAGCUGGCUGGCACUAUUCAAAACGACAUUCUGAAAGAAUUCAUGGUUCGUAAUACCUACAUAUAUCCACCAGAGCAUUCAAUGCGGAUCAUCGGGGACAUUUUUGCGUAUACAAGCAGAGAAAUGCCUAAAUGGAACAGCAUAUCAAUCUCUGGAUACCAUAUGCAGGUGAGCUGUUUUGUUUCUUCACCCGCUUCUGAAUCUUAUCAGAAUUAG